GUUUACAUUGUGUACAUGGGUUCCCUACCAGAAGGUCAGUAUUCUCCUACAUCUCACCAUCUCAGCCUUCUUGAAGAAAUUCUUGGGGAAAGUGCCGCCACUGAGUCCAUAGUUAGAAGCUAUACUAGGAGUUUCAAUGCAUUUGCAGCCAGACUCAGUAAUGAAGAGCAACAAAGAAUUGCUAGCAAGAAGGAAGUGCUAUCUGUCUUUCCAAGUAGAACUCUCCAACUUCAAACAACAAGAUCAUGGGAAUUCAUUGGUUUAGCCGAAACUGCAAAACGAAAUCCUACUGUCGAGAGUGACGUAAUAAUUGGUGUUCUAGAUACUGGAAUUUGGCCUGAGUCUGAAAGUUUCAGCGAUAAAGGUUAUGGUCCACCACCUAAGAAAUGGAAGGGCACUUGUAAAGGUGGCAGCAACUUUACUUGCAACAAUAAGAUUAUUGGAGCUCGAGCUUACUCCUCGGAUGAAAAUAGUUCCGUAAGGGAUGAGGAAGGUCAUGGUAGCCAUACUGCCUCAACAGCAGCUGGUAGCAAAGUACCAGAUGCUAGUUUUUAUGGAGUGGCAAAGGGCAUCGCGCGAGGAGGGGUUCCGUCCGCAAGGAUUGCCGCAUACAAAGUCUGUGAUUCUAUUGGGUGUGCAGGCGAAGACGUCCUUGCUGCCUUUGAUGAUGCUAUUGCAGAUGGGGUUGACAUCAUUUCCAUUUCACUAGGUGGAGAACCAAUAGCUGUUGACUCUGAUAUUAUUUCUAUUGGUUCUUUUCAUGCAAUGGAGAAAGGUAUACUCACCGUUCAUUCAGCUGGAAACGAAGGUCCUUCUGUAUCAUCAGUAUCAAGUGUUGCACCAUGGUUGUUCUCCGUAGCAGCCAGCAGCACAGAUCGUAAAAUUAUUACUAAGGUUGUUCUUGCAAAUGGAAAGACACUCACUGGAAAUGCAGUAAAUUCUUUCACACUGAAUGGAACUAAAUUUCCUUUGGUAUAUGGGAAAGCUGCUUCAAGAAGUUGUUCUGAUAUUUUAGCUUGGAAUUGCAUAGAAGGUUGUUUGGAUAGCAGAUUGGUGGAAGGAAAAAUUGUCGUAUGUAAUGAUCCAAAUGUAAUUGAAGAAACUUCUAGAGUUGGCGCCCUUGGGACAAUCAUUUUAGGUGAUGAUCAAAAAGAUGUUUCUUUUGUAUUACCGUUACCUGCAUCUAUUUUGGCAACUGACCAAUUUAGUGUGCUUCAGUCUUUCUUGAACUCUACAAAAAACCCACAAGGAAGUAUACUAAAAAGUGAAACCACUAAAGAUACACAUGCUCCUGUAGUUGCUUCCUUCUCUUCACGCGGGCCAAACAGCAUUUUAGAAGAUAUUUUGAAGCCAGAUAUAAGUGCUCCAGGAAUAGAAAUUUUGGCAGCAUUUUCCCCUGUUGGUUCACUUUCUUCAUUCAAUGAGGAUAAGAGGCAUGCAAAAUACAAUAUAUUAUCUGGAACCUCCAUGGCUUGUCCACAUGUAACCGGUGCAGCUGCCUAUAUUAAGACAUUUCACCCUGAUUGGUCUCCAUCCGCCAUCAAAUCUGCCCUGAUGACCACUGCUUGGCCAAUGAAUGCCACUAUACAAGGUCAAUAUGAAGAUGGUGAAUUUGCUUUUGGGGCUGGCCAUAUCAAUCCAGUGAAAGCAAAAGCUCCCGGUCUAGUUUAUGAAGCAUCUAAAGAUGACUACCUAAAAAUGCUUUGCAGUAUCAACAUUACCACUUUUGGUACAUGUCCAAAGCAUGUUACAGGAUCUCCAAAGGAUUUGAAUUACCCUUCAAUACAAGCUCAAGUGAAUGCAGUAAAAAAAUUUACAGUUGAGUUUCCCAGAACAGUAACGAAUGUUGGCCCUGGUAAUUCAACGUACGUGGCUAAAGUAGACGUUGCAGAUUCUGAUAUCAAAGUUUGCGUGAAACCUGGUACACUCUCCUUCAAGUCUUCGGGUGAAAAGAAGUCUUUCAUUGUGACUGUGUCUGGGAAAGGAUUAAAAGUUACUAGCAGGUUAUCUGCAUCACUUGUGUGGUCGGAUGGCACUCAUAACGUGAGAAGUCCAAUUGUUGUGUACACAAAUUCACUCUAG